UUAUAGUGUUAUGAAAUGUGUCGAUGAGCAUUAUUAUAGUUAUAAUCGCGCAAAUUGGCUAAAAUGAGUAGUUACCUGUUAUAUGUAUGCAUGAUAUAUCAUAGGCUGUUCGUAACAAUAUAUUAUAUUAUAUAUUUAAUAAGCCGUUUAUUAUAGGUACCUACUCAAGUUGAUUUUAACUAAGUAGGUACAUUAAACAUUUUAUUUUUGAAAACUUUUAAAUAAUAUUAUUACGCUACCAUAUUUAAAUUGUAAUUGUAUCACCUUGGUUUUGCGUUUUGGUUUGCGGGUAACUAUAUACAUUAUUAUUGUGUUGUUGUCAAUAGAUAUUAUAAUAUUGUAUUCUUCAGUCAUCUCUGAAAAAUGGACCAACUCGGACUAUUCGGAGAAUCAGCCUUUAUGAAUCUAGAAAUGCAACUAAUGAACUUAACGUUUUUGGUCGGGGUCUUCCUCACGCUGGUCAUAUACAUUGGAUUUUACGCUUUUAUUUACGAUCAGUCGGAUUCGAUUCAACGUUUGGAUGAAAAUGUUACGCAACCCACGGCAGUCAAGAGAAUUUCCAAUGACCCUUGCGACCGCCGUCGUUGGUUCCAACCGUUCUGUUAUUUUAACAAUUCAGACGAUCCGACGACCGAGUGGAUGGGAGAUUGGGUUUCUGUAUGCAGUUCAGUUUCCGACUAUGAGAUGACCUACGGAAGUACAGGUUGAGACGGUACACGAAGGUCGUCGGUACAGAGUGCACGCACCGCGCAGCGACCAGCCAACGCUGUCACAACCUUGGUGUUACACCGUCGAUUCUCCCAUAGCAACGUCACAAAGGCAGCAGCCAGAACCGGAAGUCCUCAUCACCGUCUAUAAUUGAACUAUCACAUCCACUCGGUCGCUGGAUCAUCGGUAUUGCUGAAAUUACAGAAAGGUUGAAAACUUGAAACCAACGCGUCGUCGGCCGCAAUAAGGGUCAUUGGCGAUUCCGUUGACUUUUGCGGCGGGUUCAGUUAUUUUUUUCUUUAUCUAAACGCCGAAAGCAAUCCGACUGUUUGUGUUUAAAAGCGUAGAAUCCAGUGUAUAUGACCAGCGUGAGGAAGACUCCGACCAGAAAUACCAAGUUCAUAAGUUGAACUUCUAUAUAGAUGCGGAACGGUGGCUGUUCUAAUUACUUCAAAAAAGAAGGUUCAAUGCAACAGCCAGAUAACUCCAUUGUAACGGAACACGAUACCAAACGAACACAAACACCGAGCAAUUCAGUAACAAUAUUGAGCGACGACCAACGACGACGAUCCGACGGAUGCGACCAGCGAGGCCACUGCAACCGUACGGAAAACGUCGACUACUGGAGUGCGCGUAACACUCGGCACAGGCACGAGCUGAGACCGGGACAUCGGAGUUAUCACAUAACUGCGGCACCAGGUCCGACGAAACACCAGUUAUUUUCAGAGCCAUUGGCCCCGUCUGGCCGAGUCUCACUCGACGCGCACCUGCUUAGGUUGCUGCUUUGAGCAUCACAAUCUAACCACAAUUUGCUUAUGACCACGGAAAGAUUGUGAUGAACUGAUGAAUUAUCCUUAUUGAUAGCGAUAGUGACAUUAAUUAUAAUUUGUUCAAUGUUAAAUACUUAUUUAUGUAUAAAUAAAAAUAAUAUGUACUCAAUUUAAUUUAAAAAUUAUCUUAUUACCUUAAGGCCAUAUCUAGGUGUUGAC